CCGAGGAGCCGCGCCUGACCGGAGCAGCGCCGCAUCCCUCUGCCUCUCAGAUAACCUCCGCCGCUCGGGCCUGCGGAGCCGCACCGGGCACGGAGCGGGGGCUGGCGGCUGAACCGGGACCCCUGCCCGGGGCCAGCGCAGCAAGCACGAAGCUGAGCUGGGGACAGAGGUACCAGCAGGGACCGAGGGGACAAGGUGUGUGGUGUCCUGGCAGCAGCCGAGGUGAGCUGCCCCUCCGGCACGGGAUGUGCCCUGAGCCCCUGCCCUGUGGGAGCUGCUGGUGACGGCAAGUGGGAGAGCCGGGAAGUCAGAGCAAAGGAAUUUGCAAACACAUUCUUCAGCACCACGAGGAUCUCACUGCAUGUAAACAGGAAUAGAGGCCGGGCUGGGGCGAAGUGAACUGCCUCCAGUACUGCAAGACCCUCCCUGGACUCACCUGCCCUGGGCAGUGCCCAGCCAGCAUCCCCAAACUACUGUUCCGGACUGCAGCUGAUCUGCUGUGGGAAGUGGCAGCAAAAUGGAAGAGUAGGGCUGCUGAGUGACUGCCAAUGUCACGUUAACAUCCCGGCGAGGCUGCAGGGAGCCAACGCUUUGAUCACCCGCCCAAGAGCAUCUGGAAGCAGGCAGGAUGCCACUGUGAGAGCUGCCUUCUCCUGCUUGCCCCAGCCUCACGCCUGGCACCCUCAGGGCUGGCUGCAGAAGAGGGGCGCAUGGCCCGCUGGCGCUGCCCCAUCUCCCCAGGAUGCGCUCCCGCACCAGCUGCUGCUCCCUGUGCUCCUGCUCCGCGGCCAGACCGAGAUUGAAAACUCAGCAGGCUGCCAGCAUGUUUUAGCCUCAUGCAGGCAUCCCUCAGAGACCCCAGAACAGUGGACAGUAAUGUGAAAACGAUACUCAUGUCGUGUCUGAAAGGGCAACAGGUCAUCAUUAAAAUGGAGGCGAUGAAAAUCAUCCACCCGGAGAAGUUCUCGGAGCUGCAGGCGUCGCAGCCGCGCUACGCACCCGCCCCGCGCCGCGAGCCGCCCCUCGUGGCCAAGCGCGCGUGGCCCUCCGAGUCCGAGAUCAUUGUCAACCAGGCGUGCGGGGACAUCCCCGCCUUGGAUGCCACCCCCGGGCCCCUGCCGCUGCCCCGGACUCCCCCCUUGCCACGGCGCGAGCGCGGCUACCAGGGCCAGCGCAAGGGCAGCUCCGAGGUCUGCUACCACCGGCAGCCGCCGUCAGACGAGGUCAUCGUCAACCAGUACGUGCUGCACCCCUCGACACCCUGCGAGCCCCUGGAGUGCCCCACCUGUGGCCACAUGUACAACUUCACCAACAAGCGGCCUCGCAUCCUCUCCUGCCUGCACUCGGUGUGCGAGGAGUGCCUGCAGAUCCUCUAUGAGUCCUGCCCCAAGUACAAGUUCAUCUCCUGCCCCACCUGCAAGCGGGAGACCGUCCUCUUCACUGACUACGGGCUGGCGGCGCUGGCCGUCAACACCAGUAUCCUGAACAGACUGCCGGCCGAGGCCCUGGCUGCCAACCCUGUCCAGUGGAGCAGCGACACCGACCGCAGCUGCUACCAGACCUUCCGCCAGUACUGCGGGGCCGCCUGCACCUGCCACAUCCGGAAUCCGCUGUCCUCCUGCACCAUCAUGUGAGCCCCGCGCCCCGCCCGCUCCUCCGCAGGGGCACGGCGGGCGGGACAGCACAGCCAGCGUCACGGCCGGUCCCUGUCCCCUCUCUGCCAGUGGCACAGCCAGGGAAUGCUCUAAUACUCACCACGGCCAAGGAUGUGGGACUGGUAUCCUUGCCGGCACCCACGGGGGGCACUGGGGGUGCUGGGACCUGGCAGCAGCCCCCUACUCACCAGUGGUGCCCAGGGAGAGGGACCUGGCAUGGGGAGCACAUCUACCAGCGCAUCCAGGGUCUGCAGCUCCCCUGGCCCUGCAGUGGGUGCUCCCGUGGUGCAUCGAGCAUCUCACCGUGCUCCUUCCCUGGGCGCCCCUCCCUCCUCUCUCCCCGGCUCUCCCAAGAGCGGACGCUGGGUCCCAGCUGGAGUGACACCCUCCCCAAAGCCUCACAGCCGGCAGCAGCAGCACAAGGAGCCCUGGAGAUGCAUGGGGCCACACUGGGCCACCCUCCCAGCACAGGAAGUGAGGACAGGUCCCCAGCUGCCUCCUCCACCCCGUCUCUGUAAGUUAUUUGCCAAAGCUUUCAUCUCAGUGGCCACGCCGCCAUGUGUCCGAGUCUCAGUAGCCACACCAAGCCGCCACCCUGGACCCUCGGAUGCCAGCAGACAGGUCCUCCGCAGGCCCUUGAGGAAAGCUCCACUUUGUCCUCGUUUUGGAGGAUUCUUGUUUUUCCCCAUCCAUCCCCAGCUGCCCCAUCCCAGGCCACUACGUGUUCACAAAGGCAUUGAGCUGUGCCCGUUCUCUGCUCCUCCGCCCGGGACCCACUCCUAUGCCCCAUGAGAUGGCUCAGGAGGGUGGCACAGGGUCCAGUACCCCAAGUUGCUGACUCCAGUGAGGGGAUUUGACUGGGCAGAGGGCAGAGGCACCGAGGUCUGGCUCCUGCCCACAGUCCCUUCCCAAGAGCAGCAAAUCUGCUCUGACCCCUGUGUGGAGGGGCUGGCAGAGUAGCAGCCCCCUGUACAGUCUUGCUUUCUCCAAAGCACCUGGAGGGGUAAGUUUGCUGCCAAAAAAAAAAAAAAAAAAAAAGAAAAA